CCUGCUUUUGCCGAUUCAUCUGCGACUCCUCCUCGAAGAUGGCUCGCGGCAGCUCCGGCGAUUGUCGUAGGCGCGACCUAGAUGCGAUCGGUGUUGUGUUUGAACUCAUUGUUGUCGGAGUUUGAAGGACGCUCUUCUGGUCGUGCUGCAUCUCGAGCAACUCCGAUGAGGAACCCGCCUCAAAAAGCGCGCUCUGCGCCUCCGCCUGCUCCCGCUCAGGCAAGAGAAUCACUCCUUGGCUCAUUUGUUGCCACCAUUAAGGAAGGGUUCGGCUUUGGUGCCGGGAGUGCCCUCGCGCAUCGAGCAAUUGAAGCUGUUCUAGGUCCUCGUUCCAUUAAACUUGAGACUGUAGUCUCUCCAGCCCCAACGGCUCCUCCUCCUGUGAAUGCCUCUUUGGAAUCUGAUGCUUGCAAUAUCCAUUCUAAAGCCUUCCAGGACUGCCUCAACAACUUUGGGAGCGACAUCGGCAAAUGCCAGUUUUACUUGGACAUGCUCAAGGACUGCCGCCGUGCAUCUGGUGCUGUUCUUGCCGCGUAGUGUUUGAUCUAUUUCAAAUAAAUUGUCGUUCAGCAUUAUGGUUAGGGUUGAUCUGAGAUGCUCGUAAUGGCGUUGCACUUGGAUUUCUAUGCUACGUACAUUUUCAUAAUUGUUUGGGAGCAAGUAGUACACGAACUCUCUUUUGAUUUCGGUAAUGAGACAGAUUCCUUAUGUAA